AUGGCGGCGGAUGUCAAAGCUCCUUACUUAAAGGCUCUUCAGGGCCUCUUGUGGCAGGCAGGCUAUGAUUCGGGGGAACUCAAGGCUCCUGUCUUCCCUGACGUGGCUUGCUUCAUAUCUGAUGCGCAUAGGGCUGGCAAAAUGGUCAUGAUCUACUCCUCAGGAUCCGUCCCAGCACAGAAGCUUUUCUUUGCACAUACGACUGCUCAGCCGCCAGACCUGUCGCAGUUCAUAACUGGCUGGUUUGACACCGUCAAUGCUGGUCCCAAGACUGAAGCAAGUAGUUAUGCUGUGAUUCUCUCCACCCAUCCGGAUAUCGAAGCCUCACGCUGGUUGUUUCUGAGUGAUAAUCUCGAAGAAGUCAAUGCUGCCCUCGCAUCAGGCAUGUAUGGCGAUAUCUGA